AUGCCGCUGUUCUUGACGAGACAUCAUGGUACUACUCAUGUUGUAUCCAGAUCACUCGAGACGCUUCAUCGUCGCUAUUUAUCGCUUGCUGUGCCUGGACAACGUCCUUACCGCGUCUUAUUUUUUGGCACAGACGACGUUUCGCUUGCUACGCUAAAGUCACUGUACAUUAACAGCCAAAAGAAGAACGAUCAUGACUGCCUCGUUGAACAUAUUGAGGUUGUAUGUCCGUCAGAUCGUCCUAUGUACGGCUGCAAGAAAGACGACUCGGUGCCUGUCAAAAAAUUUGCACGACGCUGUGGACUCAAAGUGUUUGAGACGCCAUCACAUCUUAAGUCACUGAAGACAUGGAAUUUUCCUGUAAUCAACAAAUUUGAUGUGGGAGUGGUCGUGUCCUUUGGCUACUUUCUGUACCCGAACAUGUUGAAAAAUCUGUAUUAUGGCGCAAUCAAUAUGCAUCCUUCAAUGUUGCCGAAAUACCGUGGUCCUGCUCCGAUUCACCAUGCUCUUUUAAACGGUGACACGAUGACAGGAGUGUCGGUGAUUGAAAUUGACUCCAAGGCUUUUGACGUUGGCCGUAUUAUGCUGCAAGAACCUUACAAAAUCAAGCCCGGCAUUCAAUGCCAAGAGCUAGCACAGGAGCUUGCAGCUUUUGGAGCUGAUUGUGUCAUUAAAACGCUGGGUGAUUUGCCAUCACGUAAGAAGAAAGCAGUAUUGCAAGACGAUGCGCAUGCGUCGAAGGCACCUAAAGUAACGUUCAAAGAUAGUCUCAUCUCGUGUGACGACUUUUCUGCGACCGAUAUCUUUCAUCGGUGGCAGGCAUUGAGCAACUCAGUUGGCAUAAGCGUCCAGUUCCGAGAAAAGAUAGUAAAGUUGAUUGAAGUCCGGCUUCCAUCGGACGAGGAGCUGCAAACUGUACUUCAAACGGACGAGAGCCGCAAUGAACUGGCAAUAACGGGUACUUUUUUCUUUGAGAAGAAACGUCAGGCGCUAUGGUUUGAAUUACCAGUUUGUAUGAUGCUGAUUCGACCAUAUCAAGAUCAAGUAAAGGCAGUGUGA